AUGGACAAUAAAGCUCCGGUGCCCGUUGAGCGGGUUGAGAAGUUUGGCAAGGAAGUAGAUGACGAUGCUUCAUCGAUUAGGUCGGCGGCAAGAGGAGAUGACUUGCCAAAGGGUUAUUUCUACUCUAUCGGAUUCCUUGGGGCCGUAGCCGGGUUCUGCUUGUCGGCUAUAUCAGCUUUCAUCUUCUUACUCUUGCCAACCAAUGUGUUAACGUACAUCAACGCAGAUAUAGGUCCAAGCCCUUAUAUCUCGUGGGUUAAUAUCGCUAGGACUCUAUCCCUAUCCUUUACCUAUACGAUUCUCGGUCGAUUGUCAGAUCUCUUUGGACGAAGAUGGUUCUUCAUUGGAGGCAAUAUUGUUGCCCUCAUCGGUAUCAUCGUGUGCUCAGUCGCCCAGAAUGUCGAUAGUUUAAUCGUGGGUAGUGCGAUCUACGGUCUGGGGGAGACAGUUCAGUUGAGCUUCAAUGUGGCUGUGGGCGAAUUGGUUCCUAACAAGCAUCGCCCGAUGGUCCUAUCGUUGAUCUUUGCAACUAACGCACCAAUUGCCGGCAUUGGUCCUAUGAUUGCCCGGGCUGUAUUACAGCACCCUAACAUGGGAUGGCGAUGGUGCUACUAUCUCAACAUCAUUGUGGUUUCUGUAGCGAUAGUCCUACUAUUCUUCUUCUACCACCCUCCAACUUUUGACCUCCUACACGAACGAAAGACUAAGACGCAACUACUUAAGCAACUUGACUACGUCGGAAUCUUUAUGUGGACUGCUGGUCUCACUCUCCUACUCAUGGGUGUGAGCUGGGGUGGCACUAUUUACCCCUGGAAAUCAGUCGCGACUAUCUCUUCGAUCGUAAUUGGAAUUGUUCUUCUUAUUGCGCUAUUCGUUUACGAAGCAUAUGCCAAGCUUGAAUAUCCAGCUAUUCCAGUUCAGUUCUUCGCCAACCGAGGAUUUAUUAGUCUUGUCGCUUGCGCUACAGUUGCGACUAUGUCCUACUACUCUGCAGUUCUACUAUGGCCUCAACAAGUCAAGGCUCUCUACACUUCCGACAUCACCUACGGUGGUUGGAUCUCUUGUACCGUGGCCAGCGCUACGGCCUUGGGUCAAGCAUUUGGCGGUUUCUUCGUAAAGUGGGGAGGAAACGUUCGAUACUGGAUUAUCUUCUCGACUUUUUCCAUGGUCGCAUUCGUCGGUGCCUGCGCGUCGCUUACUCCAGAUACCUUAAACGCUGGUAUUGCUUUCACGAUGAUCGGUCCUUUCUUCGUUGGCGUCAUCGAAGUUUGCGCACUCGCACUCGCCCCCCUUUUCUGUAAGCCUGUCGAUAUUGGUCUUGCGUCCGGCCUGUUGGCUUCAAUUCGAUCCGCCGGUGGUUCUAUCGCCGUAGCUGUCUACAGUAGCAUCUUGUCGAAUCGUCUUGCUUCGACAGUCCCCGCAAAUGUUGGCCCGGCUGCAAUUGCUGCUGGUCUCCCGGCGGAGGAAGUUCCUGCUCUCGUUGCAGCAGUCCUAGGAAGUAAACUCGCUACUUUCCCGGGACUGAGCGACGCCGGAAAAGCUGCCGUUGCUGGUGUGUUACCAAUAGCAUACUCUCAAGCGUUCAAGACCGUAUACUUAGCUAGUCUGGGAUUCGGAGGUAUCGCCAUCGUUGGCUGUCUCUUCUCCAAGAAUGCUCAGAAGCAUCUCACCGAUAAGGUUGAGCGGAAGAUGCACGGGAAGGUAACCGGGAAAGAUAGCCCAGACUCCGCAUCAUCGGCAUAA